AAGUGCAGUAAAUACUGAUUGAUAGUUGAAUUCCAAUACAAAGCGGGCGAGAAGGAGUCUUCGCCAUAUCUCUUUCAUUCAACAAUCACGUCAAACGUCAUCGGCGGUGCGGAGACAGUAGGCAUUCAAAUAUGAUUGCACGACUAUGCAAGACGAGCGGAUCAACAGUAGCGGCCUUCGCGAGUGCGGACCUAUCGUCUUGUCAAUGGCUGAUACGACCGAACUUUACCCGGAGAGAAACCACCAAGACCCGAUGCACUUCAUCGUCUUCGUCAGCACUGUCCGAGAAGACCGAUCAUGCCCAGCAACCACAGCAAUCUUCCUCUCCCCGAGAAAACCUCCAAAGUCUGUUCAAAAAUCCCAUCGUGCAUAAACUAUGGACGGAGCGUCAGGCUGCCAAAGCUCGCGAAGGUCGCAUUGGGAACGUCGACUACGAUCCAAGCAUUGGCAAAGCACCGGCGGACAGUCGCGUCGAAAUCACCUACGCCUUUUCCACGGACGAAUUGUUGUACGAAAGCUACCGCAAUCCCUGGGGGCAGAUGCGAUUGGGACGCAUGAUGGAAGAUUUAGACGCACUGGCCGGGAACAUUGCCUUCUUCCAUGUCGAUCAGGGUCAAACCAUGCACCCGAUUAUUGUCACCGCUUCGGUUGAUCGUAUUCGCUUACAAGAACGACCUACAGCAAAGCACGAUCAGAUCCUCUCGGGACAAGUCUCGUGGACUGGAAAGUCGAGUAUGGAAAUUCGCAUGUCGUGCAUGGAUGCCGGAACCCAACAGGAAUGGCUUGAAGCCUUUGUGACUUUUGUGACUUUGGAUCCUAUCACUAAGAAACCCACGGCAAUCCCCCCCAUCCUACCGCAAACACCGGACGAAGAAUCCUAUUUUACUCGAGGCGCACAACGAGCAGCGCUCAAACGACAGCGUCGGAGUAGGAUUAACAGUAAACCGACCUCGCAGUCUGCUCCUUCUGCCGAUCACACGGCGCAGGCGCACAUUGAACACAUGGCGGCAUCUUUGCUCCAGGAAGCCGGUCCACUCCUCAACAUGCCCGCCUUGGCCAAUCCGCAUUCCAUUCUGAUGAAUGCCACACGUAUGCAGAAUGCCAUGAUUGCUCAACCGCAAACGCAGAAUUUACACAAUCGCGUGUUUGGCGGAUUCCUGAUGCGACGGGCUUUUGAACUGGCCUACUCCAACGCCUACGUCUUUGGUGGGGCCCGGCCCAUCUUUUUAGAAGUCGAUGACGUGUCCUUUGCCAAUCCUGUGGAUGUCGGCGACUUGCUGGUAUUCAAUUCCCGCGUUUUAUAUACGGAUCACGGUCGACUCGGGGACUACUACGCCUCUUCCAAUGAUCACCGGGAACUGCCAUUAAUUUACGUGGAAGUGGAAGCCUGGGUGACAGAACCGGAGCGCGUGUCGGCUCGCCUUUCCAACCAAUUUUAUUUCACGUUUGCCGCGGAUCAGCCCAUGGUCCGACGCGUUUUACCGUCUAGUAUGGAUGAAGCCUCCCGCAUGGCGACCCGCAUGGAAGCCGAUCGACAGCAACAAUACGAAACGCGGUGA